AUGAGACAAUUAUUUCGUUCUUCGAAGCGAAUAUUGCCAGGAUGGAAUCGACUUCUUCGACAUCAUCGUCAUUUACGACAUUUACAAGUUCGAACACAAGAUGGGUCUGAAGAAGAUGAAGAGGAAAAUUUAAAAGCUGAUGAUGAAGAGAUGAAGAUUAGCGGAGAUCAGUCACUUCUUCAUGGUGUCGAUCGCGAGCGUCCCGAGUAUCAUGUAUGUGCCAUGUUGGCUAAUAAUUUAGUUUCUGUUUAUCGACAAGAAGUGUUCGAAAUUCUUAAUUUAUAUGGUCUAUCACAUGAAAGCGACUUAUGGUGCCGAAAUUCUAGCAAAGGUCUUACUGGUGAACUUGAAGAUACCGCCUACACUGAACUUGAACAGCUGGUAGAUCGUACAAGGACUCAUCUCUUCAAUGAUCAAAUCGUUUAUUGUGAAAAUGAUCUUUGUAAUAUUGAUACAUCAAUUAAAAAGCUAUGCGUGCAAUGUCAAAAACGACAGCAAGCACUAGUAGUUGCAUGUUACUGUGGCUGUUACGAUGGAGAUCUUGCUUCGAAGCAAGCACCCAUUUUAAGUUUACCAUGGAUAUUUGCUUCGGCUCUCUUACAAAAUUGUGUAAGUCAAAAAUCACGACCAUCGCCAAGAGGUGUAUUGAUUACGGCGAUGAAUCAAACUAUUAUUGACUUAGUUUCGCAGAAAAGAUGGCUUCAAUUAAAUGGUCAGACCUUACGAUUUAGAACAUCGAGCAUUCCUUUUGUUGGUGAAUUUAAUGUUGACUUGACUCUUUGCGUAUUCAUUGAAAUACUUCAAAGCUAUAUGGGACCCAAAAAACAUCGAGAUUGGCCUCUCGUAUUAAGUCGUUUUAUACGAAGUACAUCAUUUUAUACAUUAUCGUCUGAACAAUCUCAAUUCACUGACGAAUGGAAACUCGUAUUAAAAUCGCAUCAAGUAGAUUUGGAAGAUGAUUAUGCGGGUAGCCUUCUUUCAAUUCGCUUGACAGAAGAGGACGAUCGUAAGAUGCACAAUUACUUUCAAGGUCUUCUUGACAUUUGUUUUAAUGAAGCACGAUCAACUAAUAAUAUAGACUUGCUGAAGAUCAGUGAAGAUGUUAUAUUAUUAUUGCAAAGGAUGGCUAUCAAUGAGACAAUUACAGAGAUGGCAUGGUAA